AUGGGAGAAUCUAUAGAGAGCUUUGGAGAUAUCAACCUCACUCUCAGCAUGCUGGCCAAGGAAGAGAAUAGUAGUAAGGAAGAAGUUUACAGUCAUCUCACUAACAUUAUUCAGAACACUGAAAGCUUGGAUGAUGCAAUUGUGCAGCGGUUGAUUUACUUUGCCUCCAAGAAUAUGAGAGACAGCAACAUUUUCCGAGAAAUCAGAAUGCUAGCUGGUGAGGUUUUGGUGUCCCUUGCUGCACAUGACUUCAACUCUGUGAUGUAUGAAGUGCAGAGUAACUUCAGGAUCCUAGAACUACCGAAUGAAUUCAUUGUGCUUGCCCUGGCUGAACUGGCAACCAGUUAUGUGUCCCAGACCAUUCCCUUCAUGAUGAUGACCUUGCUCACUAUGCAGACCAUGCUCUGGCUGGCGGAGGAGGAAAGGAUGAAGGAAGCAUUCUGUAUCGCCCUUGAGAAGUUCAGCAAGGCUAUUUACAAAUAUGUCAACCACUGGAGAGAUUUUCCCUAUCCCAGAUUGGAUGCCAACCGACUCUCUGACAAGAUCUUCAUGCUGUUUCGGUAUAUAAUGGAAAAGUGGACCACCACGGCCUCACCCAUGCAUACUUUGGCCAUCAUUAAAGCCCAUGGCCCCACAGUGAGCCUGCUGCUACAUCGGGAAGAUUUCAGUGAAUAUGCUCUGAGCCAAGUUCCCUGGCUCCUGAAUCAGUACAAAGACGAAGAAGCAGAUUUCCAUGUUACAAAGAGCCUAAGACAAAUAUUGACUGCAGCAGUCCUUUAUGAUAUCAGCCUUCCAAAGAACUUGAGAAGAUCCAUCCAUCUAAACUUGCUUCACCAGGUAUGCAGAGUUGCAGAGCCUCCAGUAAAAGAAAAUGAACUUGAAGCCUCAAGCUGUUUCCUUAUUCUAGCCCAAUCCAACCCUGCAGACCUGCUGGAAUUUUUUGAUGAGCAGAUAAGAAGUAAUAGUGAGGCUAUCCGAAUGGGAGUCUUAUCUUUGUUAAGAUCGACUAUCAGUGCUGAGAAGCCCAGGUUGAGAGAGCACAUGACUACAAUUGAAAGAAUAGUCAAGGUUAUUAUGAAUGACCUCAGUGUAAAAGUGAGAAAUUCCACCCUCCUUCUCAUCCAAACCAUGUGUGAAAAGAGUUACGUUGAAGCCCGAGAAGGAUGGCCUCUGAUUGAUUAUGUCUUCUCCCAAUAUGCAACUUCCAACAAGAAUCUGGAAAAAAUCAUGAGAACUAACUCCCAAGAAGAAGAAAGAGGAGAAAAAUCUGUACAAGAAACAAGCCUUGAGGUCUUAAAAAGUCUGGACCCACUAGUCAUCGGAAUGCCUCAGGUACUCUGGCCAAGAAUCCUGACCUUUGUGGUACCGGCAGAAUAUACAGGGACUCUGGUCCACCUGCUUAACAUCAUCAGAAUCCUGAUUAUGGCAGAAGAGAGGAAGAAAUCUAAUGCCCCAGAGCCAACAGCACUUGUCAUCUCUACCGGGACUGUGAAACUUCCUUCACCACAGCAGCUACUGGCCAGGCUUCUUGUAAUAUCUAUACUUGCCAGUGUAGGGAAAUUGCUUGGGGCUGGUGCUAUAGGACUUUUGAAGAUAUUACCUGAAAUCAUUCACCCUAAAUUGGUAGACCUCUGGAAAACACGAUUGCCUCAGCUCCUUCAGCCUUUAGAAGGAAAGAAUGUUAGCAUCACUCUGUGGGAAACCAUGCUGCUUCAGUUGCUGAAAGAAUCUUUAUGGAAAAUCAAUGACACAGCUUGGACAAUUCAACUAAAUCGAGAUUUCAACAACCAAAUGGCAGGUUAUAGCAACACCUCUAUUGAAAAGAAAUUCCUUUGGAAAGCCUUGGGAACAACAUUAGCAUACUGCCAGGAUACAGGCUUCGUAAGCUCACAGCUUAAGGAGUUUCUAAUGGCACCCAACCAACUAGGAGAUCAACGACAGGGAGUAGCAUCUAUUUUAGGACACUGUGCAGAAAACCAUUUUGAUGUUGUCUUAAAAGUCCUUAAAGCUUUCCAAGAUCGAGAAAAAUUUUUCGUGAAUCGAUGUAAGGGUCUUUUCUCUGGUAAAAAGAACCUGUCCAAGACAGACAUCAUGAUCAUCUACGGAGCUAUGGCCCUUCAUGCGCCCAAAGAGCAACUUCUUACCAGGGUAGACCAAGACAUGGUGUCUCAAGUCAUGCUUCUUUACAACCAGUGCUGUCAGGUUCUGGGCAUGUCUGUGAUGAAUAAGGACAUGGAUCUGCAGAUGAGUUUCACAAGAAGCAUCACAGAGAUCAGCAUUGCUAUUCAAGAGGCCCAGGAGCAAGGUUUCAGAUUUUCCCACAAGGAAUUGCUGCUCGGUUACAUGCUGGACUUCAUUAGAGAUGAACCCCUGGAUUCGUUAGCUACUCCUGUUCGAUGGAAAGCCUUAAUUGCCAUCAGAUACCUAAGCAUGCUGAAACCUCAGCUCUCUCUAAAAGAUAAUCUCAAUAUUCUUGAAGAGAACAUCCGGAGGCUGCUGCCCCUUCCACCUCUAGAAAAACUAAAAAAUGAGGGCGAGACAGAUAAGGACAAGGAACACAUUAAAUUCCUCUAUGAACGCUCCAUGGAUGCUCUGGGCAAGCUUCUGAAGACCAUGAUAUGGAAUAAUGGAACUGAGGAGGAAUGCCAAGAAAUGUUCAACCUUCUCCGAAUGUGGCUUGUUUCACAAAGAGAAUGGGAAAGAGAAAGAGCCUUUCAGAUCAUGGCAAAGGUGCUGGAAAAUGAAGUUGAGGCGCCAAAGAACUUAAAAAUUGGCUCUCUCCUGGGACUCCUAGCUCCACACUCCUGUGACACCCUGCCCACCAUCCGCCAGGCAGCUGCUAGCUCAACAAUUGGUCUAUUCUGCAUAAAAGGCAUCCACCUGGAAAGGGAAAGACUGCAGGGUUUGCAGGAAGGGCUGGAAUGUGGUGAUUUCCAAGUCCAGAUGAAGAUUUCUUCUAAAAUAGCUAAGAUCCUCAGUAAAUUCAUCCCAGCUGAAGAAAUAAAAAUGUUCCUGGAAGAAAUACUGGAUGGUUUGGAGACCCUGAACCCCACUUGCACCAAGGCUUGUGGCAUAUGGAUGAUUGCUGUCCUGAAGGAGCAGGGUGCAGCCUUGGAAGACCAGCUAUUGGAGAUCUUGAACACUAUUUACCACCACAUGCCGGUUCUCAGACAGAAGGAAGAAAGUUUUCAGUUUGUGCUAGAAGCCAUAUCGCAGAUAACCAGCUUCCACACUGAUGCAGUUGUUUCCAACAUUUUGCAGAAGCCUCUGCCCUUUGACAGGGACACAAAGACACUCUGGAAGGCACUGGCUGAGAACCCAGCCUCCAGUGGUAAACUCUUGCGAGCCUUGGUAGACAAGCUGGAGAAGGGGUUAGAAGAUGACACAGUCACCGCGGACGCAUUAUCAGUAGCCUGUGCUGUGCAGGAAGUGGUAUCAACCGGCAUCUCGGUCUCAAGCUUGUACCCAGAGCUAUUCACACUCAUCUUGAAGCUUGUCAGCUGUACCCUGGGCCAGAAUAUGCCCACUAGCACCGUAAGCUGGCGACGGCAGGUCAUGCAGGAGGGACAACCACAAGUGAUCCCAGACCCUUGCAGGCUCGCAACCAUAACUCUGAAAUGUGUGCAAGUUCAAGCCAUGAAAGAAGGCCUUGCCAAAGAAUCAGAUGAAGGGGAAAAUGUAUGGUCUCUCCUCAGCAGUCCUGGAACCCACCACACAGGAGUAUGUGCACUGGCGAGGAGCAUGGCAGUAUGGCAACAUGGAGUCAUACUGGACAUCAUGGAUUACCUAGUCCUGUCUUUCACCUCUGCCUCGGAGAGCUUCCGGAUAACUGGCACUGCCUUCUUCUCUGAGCUCAUGAAGGAGCCCAUUCUCUGGAAGCAUGGAAAUCUACGGGAUGUGCUGAUCUUGAUGGAUCAGAGUGCCUGGGACUCCAAUGCCAUCCUGAGGCAAAUGGCCAUCCGAGGCCUCGGUAAUACAGCUUUGGGAGCCCCGCACAAGGUAAAGAAGCAUAAGCAGAUAAUGUUAGAAUCGAUUAUCAGAGGCCUGUAUCACCUGGCCCGCACUGAAGUCAUCUGUGAAAGCUUGAAGGCUCUCAAAAAGAUCCUGGAGCUGCUAACAGAUCGAGAUGUGAGCUUCUACUUCAAAGAAAUCGUUCUGCAAACAAGAACCUUCUUUGAAGACGAGCAGGACGAUGUGAGGCUGACUGCCUUCUGCUUGUUUGAGAACAUGGCAUCACUAAGUGGAAGAAGGUGGAAGGUGUUUUUUGCUGAAGAGAUUAAAAAGAGCAUGAUUUCAUUCCUUCUCCACCUCUGGGAUCCCAACCCCAAAAUUGCAAGUGCUUGCCGUGAUGUCUUGAUCACCUGCAUUCCUUUUCUGGGUCUCCAGGAAAUCUAUGGAGUAUUAGACCAUCUACUCGAUGGCCAAGAGUUUCCAAGGGCCAGGGAUUUCUAUAGGCAAUUCUGUGUGAAACUGGCAAAGAAAUACCAGGACAUUCUCUGGAUCCUCCACACACACUCAUUCACCUUCUUCACCAGCAGCUGGGAGGUGAUCAGGGGUGCGGUCGUCAAGCUCACAGACGCCAUUGUUCUCAAUUUGACCACUCAGUAUGUGGAGCUGUUAGACAAAGAUGAGCUGACUACACGGCUCCAAGCACUCCGCCGAGACCCUUGUAUCAGUGUCCAGAGAGCAGCUGAAGCGGCCUUGCAGACCCUCCUGAAAAGGUGUAAAGAGAUAAGCACGACUCCAUAA